UUGCCCGGAACAUGCAGCACCUGCCUGGCUGCCAGUGCCACCCCACCCCCUUGGACCAUGAAAGCUUGGCCACCUUCCCUUCCAUCCUUUUAGAGUGAGAGAUAGAGAGAGAGGUAGGGAGUUAGGGUUUUCGAGUCACAAUGGUGGACUCUGGUUAUUCCGAUGAUGAUGUAGUAGUAAUAGAAAGUCGAGAAACGUUGAGUGUAAUGGGGGGAGGAGAAAAGCCCAAAAUUUCUUCUUCUAGCUAUAGCUACAACAGCAUUUGGACAGAUGUGAAGCCUUUUGUGCAUGGAGGACUCGCUGGACUCCUCAGAAAGUCUCUACAGGCAUGCUUCGUUCUUCCCUUUUUGCCAGUUUUGUAUCACUCCAAGGAUCCCAAAAUCGCCGCUCAAGUCAAGCAGCACAUUCCUUCCAAACAGGCUUACAAUGCCAUUUUCAAGGGUGUGUGCAAUGUUCUGGUCCACCUUUGUCCAUUUAUUCAGCAACGGAUACCGGGUGUCUUACUACUUGAAGCUUCAUACACAAGUUUACAACUUGGAUCUUUUGAAAUUCUGACAAGAAAGGUAGAAGCUGCUAAUAACGGAAUGCCCCCGACUCUUUUUCAAGAAGCUUGUUGUGGGCUGACAUCUGGAGCAAUUGCAACUUAUUUUUGUACUCCAUUGUACUUGGCUAUGAGUAUGAAGGGUCAUCUCUACCAUACAGCUGCAAAGGAAGGGGUUUUAGCAUUAUGGAAAGGCGUGCACCCUCAUGCAAAUGCCAUCAUCGCUUGGAACAUGGGCAUGCUGGCACCAUAUAAUCGAUGUUACAACUAUUUUAGGGAAUCCAGGGGUUUAAGUGAAACAAGAGCCAUCAUCGGGGCCAGUGCUGUUUCAGGCUUCUUUGCUGCAGCCUGCUGUUUUCCAAUUCAGUAUGCUAACGCAAUCGUGGAGAAUAUGAAGCCUGAUGGCAAUGGAAAGUCAUAUAGCAUCUCUCUGAGUUUUGCACUCAAAUUUUUGAACUCAGGAGGAUCCAUGUUAUUCUUCACUGGUCUUUAUAAGACUGUGUUCCAAACCACUCCUCGUAUCAUGCUUCUGUGGUACUUAUUUGAGAAAAUUCGGAAGCACGAGGAAUCUAUUGGAAUGUCUCACUGCAAGAAGAGGGAAAUCUUCACUUCAGAAUGGAAGUAGAGCUGACCACCCCCUAUUGGAUUUUCUACAGCAGAUGAAAGCUCGUUUACCCUGAUUAAGAGUCCUCCAAUGCAAUUCUAUGAGAUUUGUGGAAGAUAAAUUUGGCGGCAAUGAAAGAAUCUGCAACUGAGCCACAUUAGUGUAUGUAUAGAAAGGAUAUGGAAAUCCCACGGUGUUCCAUAUGAGCAAAACAUGAGUGAUCCCUAUAUUGUGAUCUAAAUGUCUGAAUAGCUAGCUCUUUACUUCCUUUGAGAAAACCCAAGAACACAUUGACCUUUGAAAAUAUUGAAAAAACAAUGUCAUCUUUUUUCGGGUAAAGUAA